AUGAGCGACAACUCUGAUGACGAGAGCAAUAGCAGUCGCUCUGAUAAAGAAUGCAACAAAGAUUCGGAUAGUUCCUCCGAACUGGAUGUUGGCAACUCUAGAUUUGAUCCUUUGAAAGCGCUAUAUUCUGCCAAGUUUAAAGUACCAGUAGCGCGAGCGAAGCUGCACGACAACGUACAAACGCUGGAAGCAAAACAAAACCUUUUGGGUGGAUUCGCUCAACCAUUCGACGAAGAGCGUGUCAAGGCGAUACGCGCUGCUUCGUCUUCUAAAAAGAAUAUCCCUCCACCGGAGCUGAUACCCCAACGUAGAUUUCUUCCGGAGCAAGGUCUAGUGUAUCGAGAACGAUCGAUUCGUCAUAAGAAAAAUAUCUUUCUCCGAUUGGAAAAGGGAUGGGAAGGUCCGCUAAGUCUGAUGAAGCAAUGGAUGGACGAAAGGACACGCGUUCGUAUCGACAUCCGCAAGCAGAAAGGCGUUCGCGGGUAUCUUACGGGUGUUAUAGAAAUCUUCGACCGGCACUGGAACAUUGCCGUUAGCGACGUACAUGAAACGUGGAGCAGACGAAAGUAUCGCUACUCCACCAACACCCUCCAUCCGGAGAGCAUUAUCGCACCACAGGACUGUAGCGAUCGAUUGCGAAAUUUGGGAAUCGUCCUGCCCAAAACAAAGGUCGCUUGUGACGGAUCUAAGAAUGUGAUAAUCACCCGCAACGUUCCUCAGUUGUUUGUUAAGGGAACCCAUGUAGUAUUGGUCAGGCCAGAACUACCUGUUCCAAAGGUGGUUGAAACCAAGGAAAAACAAUAA